AUGACACACACGGCGACGGAGCAGCCCCCAGCCGGAGGAUGCCACGGCAAACGCCUAAUUGAAUCCCUGCGACAAGAAAUCGACUAUCACGUUUUCCCUGCUACUGUACUUCGUUUUCGCGCUCGUAAGGACCCUGAUCUGCGGUGGCAAGGUGGACCGCCAUAUUUAUCAUCUGCCUUCUUCAUCGACUACUAUCUACGGAGCUCCGCACCUGUUAUUGACCACGAGACACGUCUGGUCCGCCACACCACCAGUUACCCAGAGCCCGACUCUCUGGACGGCUGCUCAGCACGGAAAGACACAGAAAUCGUAGACAUUUACAGACCACAUAGAGCCAUGGCCAAGAAGACAAAGUUCAAGCCCACCCACUCCUCGGACCAGCCUCCAUCCAACUGGACAGCCACCCGGCCCCACAAGUACUGCGGCAGGAUGGAUGCCGCCAGCACGCGCAAGGGUAAAGCAAACAAGACACAUCACUGCGAGGCGUGCGCUGCCGUGAAGGCUCGCCUCCAGCGCCUCGACUCCAAGGCCGCCGCCGACAGGAGGGAGUCCAAGAUGACCUGGAUGGCUGGCGGUGACGAGACUUGGUAG